ACCACCCUCGCUGAGUGAGAGGGAUACAGAGCCUGAAAGCAACAAGCUUGACCGGACAAAACGCCCACUGCUGCAGCUGCAGCGUCAUACACUGUGAUUUAACAGGGAUAUCUGGAUAUUUUUUCAGCACUAAACGUCAGUCUGGAAAGAACAUGUCGGCGGUUUAUAAAGAUGACCAGGAAGACUGGCUGACAGUGUGUCUCAAGUACCUGCUCUUUGUUUUCAACUUUCUCUUUUGGGUGGGCGGAGUUGCUGUUUUGGGCGUAGGAAUCUGGACGCUGCUGGAGAAGAGUGACUACUUGAGUCUGCUGGCUUCCAGCACCUUCGCUGUCUCGGCGUAUAUCCUCAUCCUGGCAGGCGGCCUGGUGGUGGUUACGGGGUUUUUGGGCUGCUGCGCUGUCAUCCGGGAACAGAGAAGCUGUCUAUCCACGUAUUUCUUCUUCCUGCUGCUGAUAUUCUUGAUUGAACUCGUGGCCGGAGUGCUGGCCUAUGUUUACUAUCAGAGGCUGAGCGAGGAGCUGAAGCAGCAUCUCAACCAGACUAUGACGGAGAACUACGCUCAGCCGGGGAGGGAGUCCAUCACCUUAGCGGUGAACAGGCUGCAACAGGAUUUCAAAUGCUGUGGCAGCAACAACUCCCAUGACUGGAUGCUGAGUGCGUACGUUACCUCACAGCAGGCUGAAGGCAGGGUGGUGCCUGACAGCUGCUGUAAGACCAUCACCCCUCUCUGUGGCAGGAGGGACCACCCCUCAAACAUCUACAAGGUGGAGGGCGGUUGCAUCACUAAGCUGGAACAGUUCCUGGCGGACCACCUGCUGGUUAUUGGUGCUGUAGGGAUUGGCGUGGCCUGCCUGCAGCUGGCCGGGGCACUCUUGACAGCCUGCUUUAUCUAUCUGCUCUAUAAAGAAGAGGAAGAGGACUUUGGCGCAUUGUAAUUUGGGUCUAGAACACCUUGGUGGUUUAAUCUAAUGAAGAUCUGUGGGAUGGUGCUCACCUGCUGCUUGUACAGAAGGAUCAAGAUGGACCCUUACUGAUGAUCCAAAACACACCACUUUCGACAUGCAGUUGGAACCCGAGCAGCUGACACAUAACUUCGACCUAUGAGUCUUGAAUUCUGAUCUGAUCUCCAAGUGCAUACACACACACACACACACACACACACACACACAUAUACACACACACACACACACACACACACACACACACACACACACAGUAAAUGUCUCUCACAGAGGCUCAUUUCAGGCUUUUUCCUACGCAUCUUUACAUCAUGUUGAACUCAGAUGUAGGUAUUUUCUGAUACCUGAUACCUGUUCUGGACAUACUGGAGCAUGCUGUGUGGUUGCCUAUGCUAAGAUGCAUGCAUUAAUGACCAGGUCUAAAUAAGAAACCUACAAAAUACACGUUGCAUCAUACACAACUAACGAGGAUGCAUAUUGAUUUGACAUAUUCUCAAUGUGCAGAUUUACGUAGUGGGGUUUCCCUGACUAAGUUGCCGUGUGCACUUCUGUUACCGUUAAUGAGGAAAAGUGUUUCGUGGUUGUGUCUUUUGUAAUCACAAUGUGCCUCUUUCAAAACUCUACCGGUAAAUAUUUAUGUCUUAAGUCUGUGCCUGAAAGCGUUGAAGGGAGCUGACGAUACACUGUGACCAACUGCAUCAAAUGAAAUGGGCUAUCUUUAUAUUCGUAGUCACGUCUUCAUCCCUGACAACAGCACUACGUGUUGAAACGUGUGACUAAUCAAGUGUAACUAAAUGCUAUGGAGUCAUUUUUCCUAGAUCUCUGACACUAUAACUCCACCUAGUGGCUGGCACUAGUACUCUACCACAUCAUGUGUAGUAUUUUAACUACGCUCUUAUUCCACAGUCAUGCCACCCAUUAAAAUCAACAGUUCCUCUGCACGCGUGAGACUAAGAAACACACAUUGCAGAUGAUAUUUUGAGCAUUUAGAUAUUUCAUUAUUUAUAUACAGUAUUUCCCUAGGCCCACUUAAGUUUUGUUCUUUAGAGUAAAAAAAGUGACUGUUCUGAGUCUAAGAAAGUAAGGGACCAUAUUGUUUAGAAUGCUUCAUCCCUUUUUUUUGUUAUACUUUAUCCAUCAUAGUCUUAAAAUGAGUCGAACACCAAUAAUUUACUGUAUUUUCUCUAAAUGGUGCUUCAAGUAUUUGCAUUUUCUUUUUGUUUUGUUGACGUCCACAUAGAAGGGUGCUAAUGUAUAAACAUCUGGCUAGUUGUUGAUGAAAUCGUAAUAGAACUAUAGCAUGUGCUCCAACUACUGACUGUUGUACCCAAAAUAUUGAUUUAAAAAAUAAAUGUUUAAAUGUUGUUGCAUUAA